AUGCGAAAGACCAUCUGGGCCCUGUUGGGCCUGGGUGUUCUGCCCUCAGCUCUUGCGACCGACACGCUCAGCACCCAGGGAUUCAGUCUUUGCGAGACAGAUACCGCCAUCAAGGUCCAGGAUCUUGAUAUCACCUACACUCGCUCUACCAGGGAACUUGUCUUCGAUCUGGCUGGUACCAAUUCGAAGGAACAAAAUGUCACUGCCACCCUGACGGUGAACGCCUAUGGCCAUCAAAUCUAUACGAAAACCUUCGAUCCCUGUGGAUCGGAGAUCCAUGUCGCGAAACUGUGUCCUGUCCCUUCAGGACAUUUCGAGGCUCAAGGAACUAUCACCGUCCCAGAGUCGUACGCAAGCCAAAUCCCUUCGAUUGCUUUCAAUAUUCCCGACCUGGACGGCCAAGCUAAACUGGUCCUCACGUCGGACGGGGAAGACACUGCGUGUGUAGAGUCAAGCCUAUCCAAUGGAAAGUCCACGUCAAUUAAAGGCGUGGCAUGGGCCUCGGCCGGCAUCGCGGCCGGUGCUCUCGCCUUAAGCGGCCUGUCGGCACUGGGCACGGCGGGUGGCGCUGGCGUCCCUUCGACCAGUCCGUCCGCGGGCGAUGUUGUGGGAUGGUUUGGCUCCAUAGCCACCAAUGGUAUGUUGAGUGUGAGCCACCCAACCAUCUAUAAGAGCUUCACCAAAAACUUUGCAUGGAGCACCGGCUUGAUUCCGUGGUCGAGUAUGCAGGACUCGAUCGACAGCUUUCGCAAAGCCACUGGGGGAAAUUUGACCCAAAAUAGCUAUGUCUAUCUCUCCGGACUCAGCUCUGUCCAAACAUCCAAUGGAACCUCAUCGAAACGGAGCUUGGAUUUGAUGUAUCGGACUGCUGGGUUGAUGAUCCGAUCCGAAUCGAGCUCCAACUCGACUAGCUCCAGCAGCACCGACUGUGGCUCUCUUUCCAUUUCCAGCUUCAAAUGUUAUUCGGAAGAGCUCAUGAUUCCCUCAGCGAACAUCUUCAUGACCAUUCUCUUGGUGUUUGCCAUCGUCGUGGCGGUAGUCGUGGUUGGCAUCCUCCUGGUGAAGGUUAUCCUCGAGAUAUGGGCUCUGUAUGGCAAUUUCCCGAACAAACUGAUCGAUUUCCGGAAAGACUACUGGGGCAUAAUGGCACGAACAAUCACCAACAUGAUUCUCGUUCUGUACGGGAUUUGGGUCAUGUACUGUGUCUAUCAACUUCGAGAGGGUGAUUCUUGGGCAGCUAAAGUCCUGGCUGCGGUGACCUUGGCGGUUUUUACGGCUAUUUUGGCAUUCUUCGCAUGGCGCAUCUUCUAUAUGGCUCGCAAGUACAAGCAGGCCGAAGGCGAUACCACUGGCCUGUUCGACGACAAAGAUACCUGGCGCAAAUACAGCCUCUUCUAUGAUAACUUUAAGAAAGAUUUCUGGUGGAUUUUUGUUCCAGUCAUUAUCUAUGGACUGGCCAAAGGCAUUAUCAUUGCUGGCGCCGAAGGGAAUGGCAUGGCGCAAACUAUUGGCCAGCUAAUCGUCGAGGCGCUCUUAUUGACUCUGCUCUUGUGGAACCGUCCAUACGCCACCAAAUCAUCGAUGGGCAUCCAUAUGACUAUCCAGGUUGUCCGCGUUCUGUCCGUUGUCUGUGUCCUGGUCUUUGUUGAAGAACUCGGACUUUCUCAGACUACUAAAACUGUGACUGGAAUUGUGCUUAUUGUGGUCCAAUCUUCUCUCUCUGGUGUGCUUGCGAUCCUCAUUGCUGUCAAUGCCAUUAUUGUAUGCAUUCGUGAGAACCCCCAUUCCAAGAAACGCCGAGAAGCCGAAAAAGCAAACCAAGACCUCGACGAUCUUACUCCCUUGGAUGCCCGCGAGUCUCUUCUAAUCGAUCACCCCGCUAAGAGGGACUUUACUGAGAUGAGCAAGUUCAACUUCACGGGCCCAUAUGAGCCAUACCGGGAUAACCCAAAGCAUCAUCGGGGAUCCACUGAAAGCAAAGAUAACCUGGUGUAUUCCGAUUACGGUGUGGCACACGAUCGGAAUCAUAGCCCAGAACCCCGCCCUGACUCCAGACAUAGCGGUCGUCGCAGCCCGUCUUUGGAGGGCCGCCAUCCGACUACAGCGGGCUUUGGCAUGGCCUACUAA